GCCAUGCCCAACAUCGUGCUCUUCAGCGGUAGCUCGCACCAGGACCUGUCCCAGCGCGUGGCCGACCGGCUGGGCCUGGAACUGGGCAAGGUGGUCACUAAGAAAUUCAGCAACCAGGAGAUCAGCGUCGAGAUCGGUGAAAGUGUGAGGGGCGAAGAUGUCUACAUCAUCCAGAGUGGCUGUGGAGAAAUCAAUGACAACCUGAUGGAGCUCCUCAUCAUGAUCAACGCCUGCAAGAUGUCAUCAUCUAGGGUGACUGCCAUAAUCCUGUGUUUUCCAUACGCCCAACAGGAUAAGAAGGACAAGAGCCGAGCUCCGAUUUCUGCAAAACUUGGGGCCAACAUGCUCUCGGUCGCUGGGGCCGAUCACAUCAUCACCAUGGACCUGCAUGCUUCUCAGAUCCAGGGCUUCUUUGACAUCCCGGUGGAUAACCUGUACGUGGAGCCCGCCGUCCUGCAGUGGAUCCGAGACAACAUUGCUGAGUGGAGGAACUGUAUCAUUGUCUCGCCCGACGCCGGGGGAGCCAAGAGGGUCACAUCAAUUGCAGACAGGUUGGAUGUGGAAUUCGCCUUGAUUCACAAAGAGAGGAAGAAAGCAAAUGAAGUGGACUGGAUGGUUCUGGUGGGCGACAUGGAGGACCGCGUGGCUAUCCUCGUGGACAACAAGGCUGACACCUGUGGUACCAUCUGCCACGCCGUGGACAAGCUGCUCUCCGCCGGAGCCACCAAGGUUCAUGCUAUCCUUACACACAGGGUCUUCUCUGGGCCAGCUAUUUCCAGAAUAAACAACGUCGCCUUUGAGGCUGUUGUCGUCACAAACACCAUUCCACAAGAGGACAAAAUGAAACACCGUCCCAAGAUUCAGGUCAUUGAUAUCUCGAUGAUCUUGGCAGAGGCGACCCGAAGAACGCACAACGGUGAAUCCGUGUUCUACCUGUUCAGCCACGUCCCGCUAUAG